GCUGGUUUCUACGCGUACUUUGGAAUCUAGUACAGAUCUACAAAUCGUUGUUGGGUAAAUGUCUCCAGAGAUGAUAUUAAAAUUAAGUAUUGAGACGGUUAUAAUGUAGCACAACUGAUAUUCCUUUUACUGUACUGUAGGCUACUGUUUGACUUCAGCUGUAUACACAAACAAUCCAUAAUAUUAUUAUUAAUGGAGGCAUUUCUUCGCAACCAAAUUCUGAAUGUUUGUAGAGUUCCUAACAGACAGGCAGUUUUAGCUGGUCCAAAAGAAAUGCCAAAACAUCCACGAAGUGAAAGGGUCAGCGUUGAUGGUGACAUUUUAAGUUAUCAAGCGAAUGAUGAAAAUAAUGUUGGUGUAUAUAUAGCUCCCGCACCCUUAACACCACAGGACAAUUAUUUUGAAGUGGAGAUACUGGAUUCUGGAAUACAAUCUGGUGCACCAAUAUGUAUCGGACUGGCACCAUAUAAAUAUAGUUUAGAUGAUUUACCUGGAACAAGAUAUUUUUCUAUUGGUUUUCACACAGAAGAUGGAAAAAUACACAAGUCUCGUGAAGUUGGUAAUCCAUUUGGUCCUAAGUGUGGUGUUGGCGAUAGAGUAGGCUGUGGUAUUAAAUUUGAAAAAUUAGAAGGUUGUGCUGAACAACCAAAAAUUGUUAAAGUUUUUUUUACAAGAAAUGGCAAAGAGAUUGGAACUGUAGCAUUUCCAUAUUUACCUGGUGGAUUUCAUCCUGCUGUUGGUUUUGAUAGUGAAGGUGAAGUCAAACUGUCAUUAGAUGCUGAAUGGUAUAGAGAUGAUAUAAUGUUAAUGGCUGUUGACUGUAGUGAAGAUGAAUGGUCUAGAUUACACGAUGUUAGAUUAAAUGGUGUGGUUAUUGAGUAUGCUGGUCGUGGUAAAAGUAUAUUGGAUGUUGGCUUGGCUCAGGCUAAAUCACCACUUGAUACAACGUUUCAUUAUUUUGAAAUUGAGAUAGUUGAUCCAGGGGAGAAUUGUUAUAUAGCUAUUGGUGUAGCAAGACAGAACUACCCUCCAUAUCGUCAUCCAGGUUGGAAUAAAGGUUCUAUAGCUUAUCAUGCAGAUGAUGGUAAAAUAUUUUUAGGAUCAGGAGUUGGGGAUCCAUUUGGACCAAAAUGUCAUAAGGGCGAUAUAAUGGGCUGUGGUAUAUUAUUUCCGGCUGACUAUGAUAGUGAGUUGGAUAGUGAACUGUCUCCAGAUGACCCUGAUGAUGAAAUUCCCAACUCUAAUGAAGACGAAAUUUGUCCAGAUUCUGAUAACGAUGAUGAGGAGGAACCUUGGGAAAAAUCAAACAAUGAAUCUGGUACUCAUGUUCAGGUAUUUUUUACUCACAAUGGAAAACUUAUAGGUAAACGACUAACUACAAUACCAAAAGGUGGCUUCUACCCUACCAUUGGUAUGCUGAGUUCAUGUGAACGAGUGAGAGUUGACCUACGACCUUUAACAGGGUAAUGCUCCCAUUAAGUCACAAAUACAUUUUAUUUUUAAAAAAGGAAAAAAAAAUUAUUAUUAUCUUUGUUAAUGCCUUUUUGAAUUAUCUUUCUAGUUUUUCUCUUUUGUUGAAAUGUAUUUUGUCAAUUUAACAAAUAUUACGACUGUUAAUGACACAUAGAUUGUGCCCAAAACUUUACUUCAGUUAUUUUAAUAUAUUAUUCAUUAUUAUAAAACUUAGAUUGUUUUCAUCCAUUACGUGGGAUGAUAUAUGGUUGUGAAGAAUCAUACAUUCUAUUUGAAAAAAUUCUGACAAUUUACAGUUGUAUACAGGUUGAAAAUGUUUUAGGUAAGCAAAUUAUCUAUGUAUGUGUAAUCAUACAUAAAACAAUUUCUUUUUUCUGGGAUCCCCCUGGAUAAACUCUUGUUUGUCACCUCAACAAAAUUCUUGGAUGUGCCCGUCAUCAACACCCCUAUGUAAAUUAAGAAUUGACUUUGAACUUAUACUUUAAGCUUGAGAAGGAAGUCAUUGUAUGUUAUUUAACUGUUUAAUGUAUGUAAUAUGUAUGUAAUAUUUAUAAGGAAAACCAUGGACUGAAAUGUAUAAUAGAAAUACAUGUAUGAUAGACUAUUUCAUGUAUAAAUAGUUUAAACUAUUCAUGUAUGAGUAAAGGAAAGGGGAACUAAGGAACAUAGUUUUAUUUAUUAAGUUUGUAAUAUUUAUGAUAUGAGUUAUGGCAAUAUCAAUCUGAUUUAAAUACAGAAUAUUGUAAACUUGUUCCAUACAGUUAUUUCGGAUGUUAUAUGAAAUAUAUUUAAAGAUAUUUUUACUUCUUAAAUGCCCAUUUAACUGUACAGACAUUUUUCAUAACUUGGACGAUUAUCCUACAGUGUGUUGUAAUACAAGAUAAAUAACUGUCCAAAUUAUUAAAAAUUAUGACUAAUAAUGACAUCUACUUGUAUUAGCUGUUAGAAUUAUUCUAGGUACCUCUUUGUUAAUGACGUCAUCAAUACUACUUACUACCAGCUCUUACAAUAUGGCAUCUCAGCAAAUGCGUUAAAAUUAAGAGUUUUGUUUCAACCCCUUCCAAUUGAAAACUGCUAGGUUAUAUUCUGCGGGUGAUAAUCGUUUAAAAAAUCCUUAUUUUAGGGGUUUGGAAAGGUUUUAAAAAUUAAUUUGAAUAGUUGUUAUUGAAAUAGGUGAACCAUAACUGUUAAGUACUUUCAAACAAGAAAUGAACACUUAAAUUUACCCUAUCAUCGGUCACAUUAACUUCAAUACAUACUUUUAUUGUCUCUGUUCAGAGUAGUUAUCCAGUACAGCAAUGGUAUUGUCAAACAUAACACCCUCAACACAAUCCCAUGCAAAACUCAACGGUGAUUAAUCAAAUAAGCUAAUCGGUGUCAUUAACAACAUAACAAUGAUGUUAUACUGAUAUCGUCUUACAAGAAACCACCAACUUUAGACAAUAUUAAGUUUUAGAUACGUUUGUUAAAGAUUUAAAUAAAAAGAUGUCCGUUCUUGAUGUAAUAGUUAGUUUAGAAAUAGAUAAUGCAAAAUGAACAUAUCAAAAAUUUCAGUCAAAUUUAUUUUUUCUGAGCCAAGUUUGGAAUGUAAAAUAGUCUUGAUUGCCAAGUACCAUUGCUACGAUAAUAAACAAAGGCUUGAUAUUCAUUUUAAUGUUGAUACCUGGCUUGGAUGUUCUAAUCCAUUCAAUAGCAUGGCCAUCUGAUGUUCAAGAGACUUGAUUAUGGGCUUGUCGUGAAUAAAUUCUUAAUAAUAAUUUAUAUAACACAUAAAGCCAAACAAAAGAAGCCAUGCAAUAGACAGAUUUAGCUCUUACAUAAUGCCUCUAACACAUUUGAUAAUGCAUUAACUUCUUGUCAUACAGUAUGUUCUGUAUUAUGAUCAGAUUAUUUUAAUUUUUAUGUAGCUGAUAGUUUCAUUGAAUUCUUGCAUAUUUUUACCCAUGUCUUUCAUAAUGGCAGCUUUAGAAUGUUCACAAAUUCUAUUUAAACAAGGAUUUCAUUGAUGUAAUGCUUUGAUUAAUAUUUAUUUAAAACAGUUUAAAUUUGACUGACAACUUUACUUUGAACAAUUUCUGAGUAUUGGUUGAAUGAUAUGAUUUUAUACUUCAUCGGAUAUAUCAUAUUUUUGAAUCUAAAAACUACCAUGCUUUGAAAAUUGUAAAGAUAUUUUUAAUUAUUAUCGGACAAUGUUGGUGUCAACCGAUGUGAUAAAACUGGUUACACACAUUUCAAAUAUAAGUUUAACAGCUUUGCUUUACUUCUAGCUUUAUUAUUCAAACCUUUGUUACAGAUCAACCAUUACCAAGAAAAUGUAUGUUAUUGUUAAAAAUUAUAUUUGGAAUGUGGUUAAAUGGUUCUAUCAUUGACUAUCAAAUAUAUUAAAUUGGUAGACACCAACAUUGUCCUUUAAGUAUAAACUUUAGUGCAUAAUAAUAAUAAAAAUAAAACAUGAAAUACUAUUUUAGUGAAUACAACAAAAGCUGGACAUUAAUAGAACUCCACCCGACCCCUAUGAACUGAAUUAAUGUAAAAUGUAGAUAAAUAGUGAAUGUUUAUUUUUGAUAUGAUAAUCUGUUGGCCAUAUACAAAUUUUAUCAGUAGAUAACUCAAAACAGUCCAGUUGUUGUGUUUAUAAAAUGUUUGCAAUUUAAAAUAGAUAUAUUUUGUCUAUAGUUAAACAGAAUUGUGUUCACAUAUAAAAAGGUAUCAGGUAUUAUAGAGGUUUGUUUAUCUCCCAAAAGUAUUCUUAUUAAAUAUCAAUCGAAGUAAAUUGCAUGAAUGAUUGUGUGAAAAAAAUUAAUAAAAAUAUUCUCUUGGCGAUAGUAACAUCUUUUAUUGUUGACAAUGCCUAUUAUAGUGAGAGGACUAGUCUGAUGUUAAAACCCCAAAAAUAUUUUUGGGAACGGAUAUGUUUCUUGGUUACCAAAUUAAUUUGAGAUUUUUUUUCACUUUACAACUUAAAUUUUAGGUCAAAUUCUUAAGUUGCUCUUUUUACCGAGAAAAUGUAUUAACAUGUGUAGAGCCUUAUGUGUGCUCUGGCAUUCUUAUGAUAUUUCAUUUACCACAUUUUUGAACUGUGAAUAAAGUUAAUAUUUCAUGUAUUGUAUAUAUAGGAGAAUGCCAUUUUUGAUUUAGAGUGCCUUAUAUAUACUGUACUCAAUUAUGUUUGUAAAUACAAAUAUUGUUGAGAGCAUCUCUCUUUAUUUAAAUUUUGUUAAAGUCUUUAUUAUAAUGAAUUGUUUACCAAGUUAUGUUUAUAGUUGUAGACACAGAAAAAUGUUAUAUAAAGUUGUUUUUAUUUUGUUAAAAUUUUUAUUAAGAAAAUAAAAUUGAAAAAAAAAUAUAACAAAUAUAGAGUGACAACAGCCAAUUGUUUUUUUUUUAACAAACAAAGUUUACAGCCAAAAUUAAUGAACUCAAGCAUGUAAAGUUAUGGGUUUAAGAAAAUUUAUAAAGCUGGGGAUUCACAAAAUGUUAAACAAAAGGUUUUUUUUGUUGGAUAACAGUGAAAAUCUGUUCUUGUAAUUAAAAUAUUUUUUUUUUUUUUUUUUCUUUUUGUGAAUAAGGUCCUUUGAAAAAAACAACUUUGUAUUCAAAAUUUAAGAAAAAGAAUGAAUAAUGCAUUUCAUAGAAGAUUUAAAUGGAUUUGUUGGACAAAACUGAAAGUAUAGACAGAUUAAUAUUUAUUAAAAAUUUUAAUCCACUUCAGUUUGUUUUAUUUUAGAAAAAAUGCUUGUGUAUAUAUAUAUGAGCUAAAUAGUCAAACAAAUCAUCCCGGUUAUUUAUAAUUAAAAUUUGUUUAAUAUGACAGCAUAUUCUAUUGAGGUAGAAUUAUAUCAGAACUACAUGGUAUUAAGAGCAGUGCUGUAUCAAAACAUUCAUAAUAAUAUAAAUUUUUAUCCUGUGUGCUGUAACAGUUUUGUCGUUUCAUUUUGUUAAUUAUUGUAUAUAUGUCAUAUGUAUAAAUUAAUUCAUCAUCA